AGCGCGAGUCGCGGUAGCAGCAGCCGUCGACGCGAGCACGGCCCCAACCGUCACCGUCGUUUCGACGUCGUCGACACUUUCUAGCCGCGGAUCGUCCACGCGGAAAUCAGUAUACGUCGCGAGCAACCCGUCAGCCGCGCCAUCAGCUCGGUAUCCCGGUGAUAUCGUGAGCCGCGCGCGAAAGUGAACCGUGUGCUGUGAUCGUCUGUAGCUUCGAUAGGUCGUGCUGCGAGAGGACACCAGCUCGCGAACGGAAAUUCGAAUACUCGAGGGUUCCCGGUCAGCAGGCUGCUGCACGUCCAACGUCGUCCCCGGUGAAGAAUCCUCGAGGCUGAACGCGGAAUUACCGGCGGUAUCGUGGCAAAAUCGCGAGGGGCGCGGGGUCAUAGCGGGAGCGCGUCGCGCGCGAGACAUCCAGGGGUUCGAGCGAGCAGAAGAGUUGGGUCGUGAGGGGUCCGCGAAGCGUAGCGUUCAGGUGUGAUGUGGUGGAGCCCCCCGGGGGGCCGCGGGGGCAGGAGGUUCGUGGCAGAUCGGUCGUGAGGGCCCCAGCCACGGCUCGGUUGCCUUUCGACGAGGCCGCCGGAGGGGCGGAGGAGGAGGCAGGAUGGUGUGACAUCCGGCGUUAUCCCGUCCGGCGCGGACCCGAUGUUGGAGGUGGCGGAGUCGAGCAGCUGCUGCUCGACUCGGCGGAGGAGGAGCCGUCGGCGAUGUCCAGGCAGCUUCACAGUGAAUGGGACCACCUGAACCAGCACGACCUCCGCGACCUCCGGGACCUGCGCGACCGGGACGUGCGGGACGUCCGGAACGUUCGGGACGUCCGCGACGUCCGGGACGUUCGGGACGACAGGGACGACAGGGAGAGACACGGGUCCGGCCGGCAUCAUCGGAAUGACUACCUGGAUUACGACCAGCACGCCACCGCUGCGUCCACCUCGGCGCUCAACAACAAUCCGGAAAGGUCGAACGGAAGGGCCACGCUGCACGAGGGUCGCGAUGAACUGCAAUUAGUCAAUCUGUGCGUGCCUCCGAGAUCGACGAUCGUCGGCUCGGCGGACUCGAACUACUCGCAGCCGAGCUCGGAUCUCUCGCUGGACGAGGAGAAGGAGAACUUGCGACGCGAGAAGGAGAGGCAGGCCCUCAGUCAACUUGAAAAAGCCAGGACGAAACCGGUAGCGUUUGCAGUGCGGACCAACGUGAGCUAUGACGGAUCCGUGGACGAUGAUUCGCCGGUGCAUGGCUUGGCAGUCAGCUUCAACGUCCGCGACUUUCUGCACAUCAAGGAGAAGUACGACAACAACUGGUGGAUAGGUAGGCUCGUGAAAGAGAACUCGGACGUCGGUUUCAUCCCAUCACCGGUGAAGUUGGAGGCCCUGAGGCAGCAGGCGAGCGCUGCGCGCGGCACCAAGAGCCUCCACUCUGCGCGCGGAGGGUCUUCAGGGAACCUUGGCGAGAGUGGUAUGCCCUCACGUGGUUCCACACCACCUACACCAGGUGACGACUGCGACAGCGUGUGCAACGUGCGGGGAGGGAAGGCGACCUUGACCACACCGUCAACCAAGGAGAAGCGGGUGCAUUUCUUCAAGAAGCCGUCCUACGAGACACCAGCGCCGUAUGACGUCGUACCUUCCAUGAGGCCGGUGGUCCUGGUGGGUCCUUCGCUGAAGGGUUAUCAGGUCACGGACAUGAUGCAGAAGGCGUUGUUCAACUUCCUGAAGCAUCGGUUCGAGGGCAGGAUAAUUAUCACCAGGGUAGCGGUCGAUAUAUCGUUAGCCAAGAGGUCCUUGUUGAACAACCCGACGAAGAGGGCGAUCAUGGAACGGUCGACCAACAGCGACGGCUUCGCGGUGGUGCAGACUGAGAUCGAGAGGAUUUUCGAGCUUGCCAGGACUCUCCAGCUGGUGGUGCUGGACUGCGACACCAUAAACCACCCGUCGCAACUACGGAAGACCAGUCUAGCCCCCACGAUCGUCUACCUGAAGAUCACGACGCCGAAGGUGCUGCAGAGGCUGAUCAAGUCGCGCGGCAAGUCGCAAGUGAAGAACAUGAACGUACAAAUGAUGGCGGCGGAGAAGCUGGCCCACUGUCCCGCGGACAUGUUCGACGUGAUCCUCGACGAGAACCAGCUGGAGGAUGCCUGCGACCACGUGGCCGAGUACCUGGAAGCCUAUUGGAGGGCCACGCAUCCACCUGUAAUCGCGACGGUCGCGAGACCAAUCCCCGCGCCCGACGCACCCGUCGACGCGCUGACACCUCGCGUCACAUCAGGUGCCCGUCGCCAGAGUUACUACGGCCACGAGCCAAGAGGAUCGGGCUCGUACAGCGGCGCACACGUGGCCGAGGGAUCGAGAAGAUACUACGGCACCGAGGAAGAACCGUACGUUGGUGGCGUCGACAAUGGGACCGCGUCGAGGCGUCGCCAGCAGCAGGACUCGCGCACAUCGAACGGCAUUUAGGAGCUGGGGCCCCGGGGCCUGUCGCUACAGCGCUGUCCCCACCUGCGCACCACUGCUCUUUAGUGGGGUCGCCUCCUGGUACGCUACAGAACGUACGAAUUGCUUACGCUACCCUAGCGAGAUGUCGCUCUGGUCUGUUAGUGGGGUUUCUUUCCUGUCGCUACCUGUCAAAAAAAAAACCGUUCUACACCUGGUCACGUAACCCACGAGCGAGUCGUUACGCUGAACACCUACGAGAAACGGUAGCGAACGCGCUGCCUGACAAUACCGGAAGAUUCUGCGAAAAAUUUCCUCUGAAAAUCUGAAACACUUUCGUUGAUUGUCUUUGUUCAUUGUCCGAGGCACCGAUUUGAUGGAAGUUGCUUAUCGUGUGAAUCGUUUGGAACAGUGAUUCUCAACCAUUCUUCCCGCGUGUCAUCUAAUCAGUCGUGUGAUUCAGUCGCAUAUUUGUAUAUAUAAAAUAACUGUUACGAGACGUGGGCAAACAAAAAGUAUUCAGAUUAAUCGGAUUCAUUUGCUAGGAAUAAAAGGUGCAACGAAAGUCAAAUUGUAGAAUUUAAUGAGAUGGUCGAAUUUGAAUUUGGGAAAUCAGCGUGAUUACGUUAAGUUCAAUUUUUGUUAAUUAGGAACGCGAAUCAAACUCGCGAUUUAAUUUUGAUCUUUCUUCGUUGCUGUCGUCGCAGAAAAUCGUGUUUCAUAUAAAUGUGUAGGUGCGAAUGCAAGCGAGAUCUUUGUCGCAUGUCAUAGGCAGUGUAUGAUAGAAUGCAGAAUAUACAGGGUGUACCGAAAAUCGUGGUAGAACCGGUCGGAUAACGAUUCUAGGUAGAAUUAUUGCGAAGAAAACACUCGAUUGAUUUUCUGCUUUAAGCAUUAAAACCCCAAAAAACAUAAUUUAAAACGCGAGGAUGAAAAAGAUACGAAAAUAAGACGAAACAGAAGAGCGACAUUUUUUCGUAUAAAUUUUCAUUUCGAGAAAACUGAGUUGGUAGAUGCGGCAAGCUCGCGUGACUUGUACUAUGACGAUAAGUAGAAUUGGCGUGUCAUGGUCAGACGCGCCGCUCAAUUCCUGUUGAACAGUUUCAUUUUUCAAUUUAAUUUUUCCCGAACGCAAAGGCAUAAACGAACAAAUCUUAUUCCUUUUUUCACGACUUAUUUUCACACGUAGCAUAAUUAUCUGCCCGGUUGUACCAGAAUAUUUUAGAAAAUUGCAUAGAAAAAUGUUUCAAAAAAUAUUCUAGAAUGUCUCGUUGAAACGGUAAUUGAAUUGCCAUAAUGAAUUUGUAUGUACACAAGCAUGGAUACUUUGUUCUGCUCGUUUCAGCCGGAAAUGUUUUACGUACCACCGGUGGUACGCGCACCAAACGGUUGAGAAUCGCUGGUUCGGAGAAUUCGUCGUGCUCCGCGUUGCUGGAAACAGGAUAAGUUUUCAGGAACGCGGAGUGCUUACGCUACCGUUCCGGGAAACUGACACGAUUGCCGCGAUUGGGUCGCGUUAAAAUUGUUCUAGCCGUCGAAAGCGUGCACGAUACCUUGACGUAAGCUCCCGAUAGUAGACCCAUAGCUGGUCCCCUUUGUUCGAAAGCCAUUGUUUCUUCUCGUAGGAUCUGAUUUGAUUGAUAGAGCAUAAUCUGUACUGUAUUCGACCUGUUUCAAGUCGGUUGCACGCUACCCACGAGUACACUUGUCCUCGGGCAACGUGUACGAGCUUCGGAGGAACGUAAGAAUUAGCGAACAUAGUCUGCGCCCACAUUUCCUCUUCAUCUAGAAACCGUAGACGAUCUCUAUCUUCCUCGACACACAGUUGAUUCUUGAUCAUUUUACGAGCCGUAGAUACUGUCAAGUAGUCUCGUAACCAGUAAACGAUGCUUUUUUUUCCGGUACGAAUUAUUUAUACGGACGUCGACGACGAGAGCACCGUCGCUCGUCCCUAGCCGACGGAUGUUAGCCGCUUGAGACUUUCACUGACGUUUUUCUCCAACAGGAAUUCCGCAUGGUCGGGUUGAAAACAGAUCAUUGAAUGUCCUUGUCAAUGCGGUACGCACAGGAUAAACCCCCAUUCGCGGAACCAGCUGAACGAGAGAGAGAUGAUGAGUUUAGACACGAGAUAAUCACGUGAGAACAAACAAAAGUACUAUACUUUCGAAACUGGCGAGAUUGUGAGAGCAUGCGUGUGUGCGAGAGCAAAUGGAAGGGCGAAUGGGAGACGGUGUGAAUGCGCGCGUGACAGAGAUAGAAAGGAAGUGAAAAUGAAAGAAAGAAAGAAAGAAAGAAAGAAAGAAAGAAAGGAAGAAAGAAAGAGCCCUGGGGCCUCAAUUUUUGCGCUGACUCCUCCUGGGCCCCAAAAACCCACCCCCACGAGAAGCGUACGAUCGGCGAAAAAAAACGUUCGACCAGCUGCGAGACGAUCUCGUGAAUCGGCGGCCAGCGUCCGAAAAAAGAACACAAGGACGCGAGAA